AAACCUCACUGGACCGUCGUUAGGCGUUAGCCAAUUAAUCAUCACCAACGAAAAUGGCGAGUCCAGAGGAAGCGCAACUCGACCUCUUCCUUCAAUGGCUCCAGGCAAACGGAGCUCAAUUCCGCGGUUGUCAAAUCAAGUAUUGCGAUUCCAACAAAGGCUUCGGUAUUUAUUCCUCCGAUAAUACCCACGAAGAUGGGGUUAUUCUUGUUGUUCCCUUGGAUUUAGCAAUAACUCCGAUGAGGGUAUUGCAAGACCCUCUUAUUGGAGCAGAGUGUAGAGCAAUGUUUGAAGAAGGAGAAGUUGAUGAUAGGUUCUUAAUGAUUUUAUUUCUUACUGUGGAGCGUCUCCGUAAGAAUUCUUCAUGGAAACCGUACCUUGAUAUGCUUCCGACUACUUUUGGGAAUCCACUUUGGUUUAUGGAUGAUGAGCUGUUGGAGUUGAGAGGAACAGCCUUGUACAGAGCAACUGAAUUGAGGAAAAAGGAUUUGCUAACUGUGUACGAAGACAAAGUGAAGGAUUUGGUCAAGAAGCUUCUGGUUCUCGAUGGAGAUUCAGAAAGUGAUGUGUGCUUCGAAGAUUUCCUUUGGGCAAAUUCUAUAUUUUGGUCGCGUGCUUUGAACCUUCCUCUUCCGCAUUCUUAUGUAUUUCCUCAAAUUCAAGAAGAUCAGGAGAAGGAGAUUUCCUGUUCAGUUGACAAAAGUUCUGAGGUCUCCACCAGUAAUAUUUAUAGUGGAUCGCCAAUUAAUGAAAAUGAUGGAAAAAGAUUUGAGGCUCAUGGGAAUGAUACCGGAAUGACUGGAGUGACUUCCACAUCAAGACAAGGAGAAACUGUCUGGGUGGAGGGUCUUCUCCCUGGCAUUGAUUUUUGCAACCAUGACUUGAAGGCAGUGGCGACAUGGGAAGUUGAUGGAACAGGAUCAAUAACUGAAGUUCCUUUAUCCAUGUACCUUAUUUCUGAAUGGAAAGCUUUACAAAGUCCUUCGCUGGUUGAGAAAGAGAUUUCCAUUAGUUAUGGAAACAAAGGCAAUGAGGAAUUGCUUUACUUGUAUGGAUUCGUUAUCGACAAUAAUCCAGAUGACUAUCUCAUGAUUCAUUAUCCUGGGGAGGCACUCCAGAACAUUUCCUUCUCUGACUUCAAAGGACAACUGCUUGUAGCACAGAAUGCUGCAAUGCGGUGUCUUUUACCUAAAAAUUUGCUGGAUAGUGGGUUUUUUCCAGCAGGGUCCUCUAACAAUAAAGCAAAGAAUACCUGUGAAGCUGAUAUAAUUUGCAAUUUUAGUUGGAGCGGUCACCGCAGGACACCUUAUUACUUGAAUAAGUUGGUUUUUCCUGAAGAUUUUAUGACUGCCUUGAGGACCAUAGCCAUGCAAGAAGAUGAGGUUUCUAAGGUUUCCUUAAUGCUGGAAGAGCUUGUUGGGUCUGAAGGAGAAAGACAGCCAUCUGAGACAGAAAUAAGAACAGCGGUAUGGGAGGCCUGUGGGGAUUCUGGAGCUCUGCAAUUACUUGUUGACCUCCUUCAGAAAAAGAUGAUGGACCUCGAAGCGAGUUCUAGAACAGAGGACUGUGAUGCUGCACUUCUUGAGAAUGCCCUCAUUAUUGGAAGCCCAGAGCAGCAAACAAGCGCGGAGACAAAUGACAUAGCCCAGCACAAGCUGAUGAGUAGGAACAGGUGGUCUAGUAUAGUGUAUCGGAGAGGGCAGAAGCAACUGACUCGUUUAUUCCUCAAGGAAGCAGAGCAUGCCUUGCAAUUGUCUCUAAGUGAAGGACAUUGAGUAUUCAUAUCAUACAAUAAGUUUAUGGUGCCAAAUUUUUUAUUUCUGGAACGCUAAAAAUAAUUUUUCUUUUUGCAUAGAA